UUUUCCCCUGCUCCCUUACAUUCAUUCUCUUCCCCUCUCUCUCCCUCAGCAGGGCGCCCUCAGCUUUUCAUAUCUUUAGGAACGUGAAGAGGAUAAAACCAAAGUCAUACACAGAGGUGUGUCUCCAAGUGCUUUGCAGUGCUGUGGAGACCAUUACAACUGUGGAGUUCCCUGGCUUCCUGGUGUCCCUUAGGAUCUCUUACGGGGUGAGAAGGACUGGAGGAAACGUGAGGGCAAACGUGAGAGGACUACAAGCGCACCCCAGGCCAGGACAGCGCCGUCAGUAGCAGCCUCCCCUCACAAGGCACCAACUCCUAAGGCAAAUCGUGCAGAACCGAGUGCAGAACUGAGUGCUUCUGUGAGCUGCUGCCUCGCUUCGGCGGCUGAACACUUGUGGUGGCACACUUCUGACGAGAGACGACAGACCCGUCGGGCGGCACGCUCCCCUCAGCCGCAGCACAGGCAGCGCAGCCCCGCGGGGCGGCGCCAGCGGCGCGGAGGCGCCCCCGGCGGCCGCGUCCCGCCCCCCGGGCCGGCGGGGCGCUGAGCGGUGUCUGUGUGCGCAGGUGAGCCCGGUGCGGAUGCGGCGGCCGGGCGAGGCGCAGCGCCGAGCUCCCCGGCAGGUGCCGGAGAACGAGCCUGGGGCCGGAGACAUGGAGCCCGGCGGGGACGUGCCGGCGGAUCGGCCCUCGGCCCUUCGGAGUGGGAUGGAGGAAGCUGAGAAGGAGGCAGAUGAUGAGGGAGGGAAGGCUGCCUGGCAGCAGAGCCUGAAUCCCGAGCUGCAGCAGGGGUACCGCAUCCUGCGCGAGUUCCUGCUGGAGAAGUACCGGCCUCUGACGGCGCCGUUCCUGGAGCCCCUCGCGGAUCAGGCAUUUUUCGGGGAAGAAGGCUCUGGCUCCCUCUUGGGCCGUAAGAGCAGCCAGUCCUUGCAGCAGUUGCCCGCUGGAAUAUGGCUAUUGAAAAUGGAAGAGAAAUUUUCCAGUGGGCAGUACACAGGGAUAGCAGAUUUCGUGUGUGACUUCCGGCUCAUGCUGGAGACUUGCUAUCGGCUGCACGGUGUGGAUCACUGGCUCUCCAAACAGGCCCAGAAGCUGGAGAUGAUGCUGGAACAGAAGUUGGCGCUGCUGUCCCGGCAUUUAAGAGAGAAAACAUCAUUAGCAGUAACAUCUAGAGGAUGCUAUGGGCAGGAGGAGGAAAAAACAGCAGCAUGCAUUUCUACAAGACGUCGUUCCACGCCUCGCAGUUUAGUAGGUUUGUCAACAGGCAUGUUUGAGUCUGUGAUGGUUCAAGUUCUAAGACAAGAGGAGCAACUGAGAGCAAAAGAAGAAAAGAGGCAGAGAGAUCAAGAAAGAAAAGAAGCAGAAGAAGCUAGUCAGAAAGAAAUAGAAGAAUGGGAAAAAUCACUUUUAGCUCAAGCAGCACCUACAAGGAUGGAGACAAUGUGGGAGAUUCCAGCUAUUGGUCAUUUUCUGUGCUUGGCCCAACAGAUUUUAAAUUUACCUGAAAUAGUAUUCUAUGAAUUGGAACGUUGUCUUCUGAUGCCUCAGUGUAAUGUUUUUUUAUCUAAAAUAAUGACUUCUUUGUUAAGUCCUCCUCAUCGCAGACCUACAUUACAUCGCAGGCCUACAUUUUCCUACAGGACUUGGGAAGCAGCACUCAGAAAGAAAGUGCAACACUGGUAUACUGUUGUGGGGCAGACUGACAAUCCUAAUGGUGCUGCAGAAAAACUUGGAUUGUGUCCCCAGUUUUUCAAAGUUCUCGGAGAAGUUAAUCCCUUGGAGGAUAAACCAUUUCAUGAGCUGCCAUUCUAUCAAAAAGUAUGGCUGCUAAAAGGUCUCUGUGACUUCGUAUAUGAAACACAAAAGGAUGUUCAGGAUGCAGUGCUAGGUCAGCCUAUCCAUGAAUGCAGAGAAGUAAUUCUUGGUUAUGACUGCUUGGAAAAUGCAUAUGUUCAUUUUCCACAGUUCUGUGGUGCAGAUGUUCGAAUUUACAAACAAAAACCUUUUCGGGCUCCUGAAUUCCCAUCUCUUCCCAUCAAAGUUAAAAAAGUACCACGUAUUAAAUCGGAAAGAGUAAAACAUGAAUAUGGAAGCAAAAACAAUGGGGAGGUCAGUUCUGCUGGGAGAGAACUGCUGUGUCAUUCCAAGACAGAAGGAGAGAAAAGUAGGGAUAUUGUUAUUUGUCCAGAAAAAAGAACACGUUUAGGCAGCUUUAGAGUCGCUACAGAGGAGCUGAAGGUUGACUGUGAAAUAAAAGGCUCAAGAGUUUGUGACAUCAAAAAACCUGGUUGUUAUAAAGAGAACUUAAGGAAUUUGAUUACUUCAGAAGAGAUUGUGGAUAUGGGUGGUCACCCAAGUUCAGAAGAAAUAACAGAUGUGGAGAAUGGACAAGGUUGCACUGAAAUGGCCAGAGUAAGAUCUGAGCUGAGUCCAUUCAAGGUGAACACACUGAAAGCUUGCCAAAUGCAUGUCAAUGGCACUUAUAAUGAAAACCAAGGCAGAAAUUACCAUGAGUCUGCUGAAGAAAUGGUGCUAGAGACCUUACUGCAAAAUAAUAAGAAAUUAAAUAAGAUGCUGGCAAAAAAGAAGAAAAAGAAAAAAAAAAAGUUGAAGGAUAUUCUAAAUGAAAAUCUACAGAGAAAAUUUGAUGACUUGCAAAGAAAGCGUGAGAUUCAUCUUCACCCAUUCAAAUCUUAUAAGUCUGAGAUCCAGAACAAAUUGUUUUUAAUUAAAAAGAAAGCAAAACAUAAGAAGCACAAGUCCGUUUCAGAUCUAGAUUCUUCAAGCCCUGUGCCUUGUCCCGUAAAUGUGUUUGUUUCAGAGUCAGGAAAAAAAUCAUUAUCUAAAAAAGCAAUCACAAAGAAGAGGAAAGGUGUCAGAAAGUCUACCAUACCAGAAUUUCAGCUUAUUUGCACUAAUCUUGAUGAACUCAGGGAGUUAAUCACAAAGAUUGAGAAUGAACUCAAAGAUCUGGAGGACAUUAAAAAGAAAUCGGGAAGAUGGUUCCACCGGAAGCAAGCAGUAAAGGAAUUGCAUGGUACGUUGUUACGACUGCUUAAUGAACUGUUACCAUGGGAACCAAAGCUAAUUAAAGCAUUUCAAAGAAACAGGUCUAGAUUGAAGAAGGACUAUGAUGACUUUAAAAGACAUCCAGACCAUGAUAAAUUUUCCAGAGAAUUGUGGAGUAAUGAUGAAAGUGAAGUUGAUUCUGGCAAAGAAUCUUUUGCGGUAGUAUGCGGUAAAUCAUCAGAGUCUGCAGAACAUAUAGAAGUUCCCAAAAAAGAUCUCUCUGACAAUGAUGAAAUGAAACUAUUAGAGAUGAAUUUACCUGCAGGAAAAAACAGAAUUCUGAAAAAAGAAUCAGCUUCUAAAGAGAUACAGAAGACACUGCCUAAAUGCAUUAAACGACAGUUCAAGCAAAAUAGUUGUCUGGAUCAAAGCACUAAUGAACUUUCUCCAAGGAAGAAAGUUAAACUGAGCACUAAUGAGACUGUGGUCCAGAGUUCAGAAAGUAGCCUGCAGUUGGAUAGUUGCUUGACUGAGCUGAAACAAUUUGAAGGGUCAACUCUAGAGUUGCUUUCCUUGACAGAUCCUGCAACAUCAGUAUCAAACUUUCUGAAAGGGACCAAACCUAUCCAGGCCUUGCUUGCCAAGAAUACUGGGAACAAAGUGACCUUAACAAAUCAACUGUUGCCUCCUGCAGGCAUGAACGUAUCUACUUCGGAAAAGUCAGCUUUACCAGCUUUGGAAUCAUCUCUGAUCAAACCAGCAUUGCCCUGCCAGGCCAGUUCAAAGACUCCUUUACAAAUGAUAUACAAAAUGCCAAAUGGCCACUGCGUACCAAUAGAUGUUCCCAACAGCUCAGUGAAAAUUCAAAUGCAAGCUAUGAUUGACCCUAAAAAUGGAGAAAAAGUCAUGCAACAAGUUCUUAUUUUACCUAAGAAUUUUCUUCUUCAGCAGAAGGAGGAAAAAAUUGUGUCCAAGGAUAUUCAGUCACUACAAGAAAAGUCAUUUGAGAUGCACUGUACAUCUUUACCAAAAAUGCCAAAUGUCAGUGUUUCUUUAACACCUGUUCUGGUGACAAGCCCUGCAAAUGACAUCCAGUCACCCACUACAUUUUUUAAUAAGAAUACUACCCACUCAUCACAAGUGACUGGUCCCGUGAACACUACACAACCAUUGUCUAGUGUAACUUCAGCAGAUAAUUUAUCAAUAAUUAAGGUAAGCCAAAGUGAAAGUGACAAAUUCAAGACUACAGUUUCGACUACUACAUUGCCUGUGUGUUUGGCUUCACCUACUCUUUCCACAGCUAGCCAAUCCUUGACACCAACAGCAUUAAGUGCAUCUACAAACACUCCUUCUGCCUCUCACAGUUUAGCAUCACAGCAGCAAACUGACUCCCUUGAAACUAAGCAAGAGCUAAAGACAGUGUGUGUAAGAGAAUCACAAUCUAUCCUGGUCACAACACGAGGUGGAAACACUGGAAUUGUUAAAGUGCAAACGAACCCAGACCAGAUUUCAUCUAGUAGUUUAUGUCCUAGUUCAGAUUUUACUUGUGUGUCUCAACUUCAGGCCUUUCUUGUGCCAAAAACCACAGCAGUAUCAUGCUCUAGUCUUCCAUUUGUAGCAGCAGCCACAUCUGGUCUCCCACAUGUUGAACAAUCAUCUCCUUCUGGGUUUGCCCCCUCAACAACUUCUUUUGUUAACAUUCCAGCUUCCUCUGCUGAUUUUACCCAGGCAAUGGAGAAAAAUACCAAAUUGACACUACAGCAGCCAGCUGUUUGGGACUCUUUGUGUGGAGUAAGAGAGGACUCCUGCCAUGUGUCUUCUUCUUUAUCCUCCAUUCCAUUAGCUAGCAAUUUGGUGUCAGCAACUCCAAACAGCCUUAUUAGUAUGACUAGCUUUGGACAAAGUAAUAUUGUCAAAACUCCAAAUUCUUCUGUGCAGCAUCAAGGGGAUACUAAAGUGAAAACAAAAUCUUUUACACAAUCUGAGUCAAAUUCUGCAACAAAUGGAGAGUUAAUCAGUGGUACUCCAGUCCAGAAAUUUACAUUAAUCACAAAUCCACCAAUUUUGUCUCCCCCUGGGGCAUCAGGGGUCAAUAUUAUACCCUGUCCAGCAUCCACUGCUGUUAAUGCUCAGAAGCUGGUUUUCAUUAACACACAAAUUGCCAAUGGCCCAUCAACUACCAAUCUAGUUGCAGAAUCAUUGAAACAGAACCUUCCUUCUUCCCUGACCAAAACCUUUGUUAAUGCCACAGAGCAACCACAGUUGGUUUUGAUCCCAUCUACACUAGGAGCACCAAUAAGAAUAAACUCAUCACCAACUAUUGCUCAAGUAAAAGAUGUGAAAAUUGGACUAAAUAUAGGUCAGACCAUUGUAAAUACUAAAGGCAAUGCACAGGAGGCUGUACCAGUUAAUAUAUUGCACUCUGGCAUUUCUAAAGGAGAAGACAAGAAGAGAUCAGCCUUAGCCCCAUCCUUGGCAAGUAGUACUGUGGUUCCUGUUCCAAGUUUUGCUGUGUCAGCUAAUGAAACUGUAGAUGUUGCAACAAAAGCUGAAAAUGCCUUUACAAUGACAACAGCAAAUGCACAAAUUGAAUCUGUUUCAGUAACAUCAAGUGGAACUUCCUCUGGGGUGCAACCUACUGUCUUGAUUGGUUGCAAUGAUCCCUCAAGAAUAAGGCCAGUUCUGGGUAAUCAACUUUGUACAUCAACUAUUGGAAAUACUGUGGGUAUAUCAACUGUGAAGACAGGACAUCUUGCUUCAUCUGUGCUGAUUUCAACACAGCCAACAGUAUCUCCACAGAACUUCACAUCUGCUCUGCAAUUUCCAGUCAUUAGCUUGCCUGGACCUGCAGCCACCCCUCACAAGGUGUUACAUACAGUUCCUCAGUUGGCAGCAGUUCCAGCUCCUCUUCCAGUACCAAAAAGACAGUUGCCUACACUGGUUCAGUUUCAGUCACCAGGAAUUUCAGCUGCUGUGUCAAGUCAUGCAUGUAUUCACAAACCUCAGAAUGUGCUGCCCCCUCCAUCACCAAAUACAGGUGAAGUAAUUAGUUUUCCCACUCUUUCCACCCUACAAUGCCAGCAGGUGCCUCCCAGUACAUAUGAGAAACAAAAUCAUGAUUAUGCUUGUGCUUCUGCCGUUCAGAUGUCUGAAGCUUCACCCCCUGUAACAAGCAAAACAGGAGGAAUUCCAUUGAAUGAACCUUCCACUCUACAAAAAAUAGUCAUUAACACUUGUAUGCCUUUGGCACCUGGAACUCAUAUAAUGAUUAAUGGUAUUCGUUUUGUUGUUCCACUACAAGGCCUUGGAGCAGGCAGCCAUGUUCUUCUUCUCUCCGGUAAUGCAAAACAGACUCCUUUAACAAUUAACCAUGGUCAAGAGCCUCAAGGUGUACCAGCUGUUAAUCCAAUAACCUCAAAAAUCAUCCUAGCACCAAGUCAUUCAUUAAGUUGGCAAGUACCAAAACAUCCUUUGAAAAGCUCUACAAAAAUUGUGAACUCUUUUGGAGCUGCAGAUGCUUUACCCAUCGUACAUGCAACACCCCAGAUAUUUAGUACUCCAGCUAGCUCAUGUACUUCACUGUCUGCAGUAACUCUGUCUGUAUCUUCAGUGACAAAGUCUCCCAUGAAUGUAGCUACAUCUUCUGUUUCUGCUGUUCAUCCUCCAAGCUCUCAUUUACCAAGCAACGCAUCAGUGUUUCAGCUAGAUGGUUCUAUCAAAAAACUGUUGGUCAGUCCAGAGGGAGCCAUACUGAAUUCUCUAAAUACUUCAGCACCCAAAGUUCCUUCCCUGUCUUCAUCACUGCUUCCUGUUGUUAAUUCCACAAGCAGAAGUUCUACUGCAGUCUUCCCUGCAUCUCAGACAUCUUGCCUUGAUAAACCUGACAAAGCUGCACCCUGAAUUUACUGCAAAUGAGCCACUUUGAAAUUCUGGGGCAUUCUUCAAACUUUGGAAGUUGUUAACUAUUGAAUAAUUUCUUGCAAUGUUUUAAGCAAUUGAUUUACUCAGUAUUAACAAGGUUACAGUUCUUACGUGUUUACCUGUGGGGAUGUGGAGAAAGAAAAAUUUUAGUUUGUCAGAAGUUUUCAGAAAGUUCUCUAGUAAAAGGCUUAGAGAUGACCAAUUAAUUCAUUUAACAAUUUGGAGGACUCUCACCAUUUGCACAUGUUCCAUCUUACACUACAGACUGUUUGCCAGUGUGUUUAUGACAGUAUAUAUCUCCUUUUUAUUUGUUAAAUUAAAUUUUGACUUGUUUCUUUAAAAAAAAAAAAGCAUUGUAAAAAUGCAAUCUACAGUAUAGAACUGUACAUAUUCCUGAGCUCCUAAAAACCUGUACUAAAUAAUAUGUACAAAGAACUAUGCUGUCUUAUUUAUGUUUUGUUUACAUAAUGUAUAGUUUUUUAAGUAUUUUAGUAACUUUGGACCAGUGUACUGUUUAGCAACAAUGCAGAAGAAUCUGCAUGUAAUAAAUCAAGUUGCUGUA